AUGGUAAAUUCAAGUUUGGCAUACGAAAUCCUUCUAUAUAUAAACUCAUUUUAUUUUGGUCUAUUUGCUACGUGUGAACUGGGAACUUUAAUUCUCAAAUCAGUAUUGAUCGGUGGAAAAUAUGACGAUAGCGAGAAUAAUCGAACCAGACUUGGACAAGACUAUGGUGUACUGGUAGCACUUUUCGUUGUUGAAGCAGCGAGACUUGUCUUAGGAAGAAAGGGCAGUCUUAGCGAAAGGGAUGUUCCUGUAAUGUUCUCCGUUCUACUAACAGUGCCAUCCAUUAUCGGUGUUUUGUAUCUGCUCAUAUGGCAAGUUGUGGUUUUAAGAAUUGAAUAUAUUUGGUGCACUCUUAUGCUGUCUCUGCAGUCCUUGGAGUUUAUAUUUGCAUCCAUGUUCAUAGUUACUAUGUGUAGAGGGCCUUCAUAUGACUAA